CAGCACGGCCGACCGAGCACCUGACCUGCCAGUCCACAUGGACACCACCUCCACCCACAUGCAACAAGGCAUCCUGGGUAACGACAGUCUCAGCCUCCACCUCGACCGGCCGGGGUUCCACUCUGACAUCACCAAGCAUGUAGGAGUCCAGGCUGCUUUGAUCACAGCGUAUAGUCUGAUCAUCCUACUGGGUCUAGUAGGCAACGCCCUUGUCAUCUACAUGAUCAUCCGCUUCCGGAACAUGAGGACAGUCACUAACUUCUUCAUAGCUAACCUGGCCCUGGCCGACCUGUUGGUGGAUACGUUGUGUUUACCGUUCACACUGGUUUAUACCUUGCUCGACGAGUGGAAGUUCGGCGCGGUGCUGUGUCACAUGGUCCCGUUCGCCCAGGCGCUGAGCGUGCACGUAUCGAUCCUGACGCUGACCGUCAUCGCUCUGGAGCGCUACAGGUGUAUCGUGUUCCACCUGGGCCAGCGCCUCACCUGGCGAAGCAGUUUGCUCAUCAUGGCUCUCACCUGGACGCUGUCCGCCGUGCUGGCCGGCCCGCUCGCCAUCUUUAGAGAGUACCGUCAGGAGGAGAUCCCGUCCAUCAACCUGAGGAUCUCAGUCUGCUAUGAGAAGUGGCCUUACGGCAGCAGCAGAGACGGGGUCAUUUACAGCCUGUCUAUGUUACUGCUGCAGUACGUGCUGCCACUCUCCAUCAUCAGUUAUGCCUACAUCUGCAUCUGGGUGAAGCUGAAGAACCACGUGAGUCCAGCGAGCCGCAUCGACGCCAUUCAGCGCAGGAAGAAGACCACCAAGAUGCUGGUUAUGGUGGUUGUAGUCUUCGCCACAUGCUGGCUACCCUUCCACGUGUUUCAACUAGCCAGUGACCUAGACCUGGUGCUCAGCUUAAGACAAUACAAGCUCAUCUAUACACUCUUCCACAUGGUAGCCAUGUGCUCCACCUUCGCCAACCCGCUCCUGUACGGCUGGAUGAAUAAGAACUACAGGAAUGGGUUCCUCAUGGUGUUCAGGUGUGAGGCUAAACCAGACAGUAUUCACCCUGAGGGAUCCUUCAGGACCCGGUCACUAAGGAGGAUGUCUCUGAAUGGAGGACACCCUCCUACGGCCGUCUGA